GACGUGUCUUGAGAGGACAGUCAAAAAUUCUUAAGAUCGUUUUCAUCCGUUCGCAAAGAUUAGCCGUCGGAAAACGAGCCCGGACUUCGGGCAUUACGAGUGAGAAGGGGAGCCUCAUCCUGUGGCAGCAGGAGAAGAUGCUCUGGCCGUGAUAGGCGUUGUAAAAGAGAAAGCUUGACAGGCGUGCCGAGUGUAUCCUGCGGAUUCCCUCGAACUCGCCAUGGACCAAUCAGAUCUCCGCUUGGUGCCAACUGCGUUUUCAUUGGCCGCUCAUUAGGAAAACAUUCCCUGACCAAAGGUGCCCAAGAGAUAUCGCAAUGCUGUAAGUUUAGAGAAAACUGUGACGGACUGGAACAAGGAAGUGGCUUUUAAAGGACAACAAACACCAUUUAAACGAGCAUCAAGAACGAAGAUCGAACCCGAUUUGAGCGAAGUGGCGCCGUGACGCAAAUACCUGGUAGUCCUUGAGGUGAGCAACGGGACCGCAGGCUAAUACCGAGCGUGACGUGACCCGAGCUCGUUCUGCCCGAACAGCCUUCAGACAUGUGCUAGAUCGUGAGCGAGACACGAAGCAUUAGGGGAGAAAUAUAGACGUGCGUGUGUGUGUGCAGCUUUCAGGCGUCAUUUCAGGAGGAAACUCUUCGGGCGCUGUGAAACCGUUAUCUCCGUGUGCAAGAAAAUAACGAAGUUUACCCUCCCUGAAAUAACAUUUUCUAAUCAUAUCUCGCCUCUCUUUCAACGCGGCAUUUGCCUCCUUUGUCCUUUCUUGACCUCGAAACAUCAGUAGAAAGUUUCUUACAACCCAGUUCUCACGAUUCGAUUCCAAGACCACCAAUCUCCAAGCUCAAGAACACACGCCACAAAAGCUCAAAGGAAAUGCACGCUGACAGAAGUCCCGAACCAUAACGAACAAACUGCCUUCUCGGUCGCCUAAUAACCGAGGCGGCAAACAAGCUCUCCAAAGCACAAGCUCUUCGAGACACCCGGUCUGACUGGCCUUUCCCGACGCUCCGGCCGCAGUGCCUGGCCAUGCGUGCUGCUUGAAAGCGCUCUCGAAGAUGCUCUUCCUGACGAGGAUGCUGCGCAGGGUGCUUUUCGGUUCCCUUGCACCGAGGACUCGCCAGACUGUGAGGACGGCUGUGAUCGCUCUCGUCUCCGCUCUCGCCUUGGUGGCUAUCUUCCAUUUAGCCAAACUUGCUGAGCAUCCUGUAGCACAGAAGGAAUCAACUGCGACGCUGGAUGUAGGCAUAUCCGAAUCACAAAUACAAGUCGAGAAAGUGUAUAAGUCGACAGCAGGGAAGGCAGUUAAGAAGCAAGGUGCUGGCGGGGACGAGCGCGGAGGCGACGGCCUCGAGCAGCCCGCCGUGCCCGUGGCCCACAUGAACCUGGCCCACAGUCCGGUGCAGGACAUGCUGGCCCGGGCCCGCAACCGGGCCGGCGGCGCCAUGCACCCUCUGCUGGGCGUCCCGAUGUCGCCGGAGAUCGAAGAGUGGGAGAUCAAGCGCCUGAACCGCCUCGACAGGUCGCGCGCGCGCCCCGCCAACGCCACGGAGAUCAAGCGGACGCUGAGCCUCGUGCAGACGCGCGUCGACACCGACCGCAAGGCGCUGGUGAGCAAGGACCUCCGGCUGUGGGCCCCCGGCGAGGCGCCCCUCCGGAUCCUGCUGGUGACGACGUGGCGCUCCGGCUCCACCUUCCUGGGCCAGGUGCUGGCUCACCACCCCGCCGUCUUCCAGCACUACGAGCCCCUCAGCCCGCAGGGCAUCAAGCAGAUCCGGUCGGGGCGCGAGGCCAUCCAGGCCCAGCAGUUGCUGCACCGCCUGCUCGACUGCCGCUACGAGGGCAUGGCCGACUACCUGAACUACACGCGCGCACACCCCGAGGACAUGCUGGGCCACAACAAGAUCGUGUGGGACUCCUGCCGCCACGGCCCCAAUACCAACGCCUGCUACAACGCCACCUUCCUGACGCAGGCGUGCCAGAUGUUCCCCAUCCAGCUGGUGAAGACCGUCCGCCUGCGCCUCAACCUCACGCAGCUCUUCCUGAACGACGAGAGGAUGAACCUGAAGGUGGUGUUCCUCGUCCGGGACCCUCGAGCGACCAUGAGCUCAAGGUACUCCUCGGUGUCCUGGUGCACGGAUAAGCCCGACUGCUCCUCGCCCGAGGUCCUGUGCUCAGACUUGGAGGGCGACCUCAAGGUGGCCACGGCGCUGCGCCAGCUGUACCCCGACAGCUUCACGAUGCUCAAGUACGAGGACCUGGCGUCGGAUCCCCAGGAAGAAAUCCACAAGCUGAUGGACUUCCUGGGGCUGGAGUUCUCGCCCGAGAUCGCCCAGUACGUCAAGGAAACCACGGAGAAGGACGACAACUCCCCCUGGAGCACCAAGCGCAAGUCGUCGGACCGGAUCUCCCUGUGGAAGAAGCAGCUCCCCCUGCAGGAGAUCCACACCAUCCAGAACGCCUGCGAGUCGGUGAUCAAGACCCUCGGCUACGAGAUGGCCGGGCAGUGACUGGCGCGGGACUCGGACGCGGAGACGCCUGCCAAACAUGAAAUCUCGAACAGUCACAGGGAAUCUCAGGAUGGAGAGGGGGCCGCCGGCACCUCGUAAGCACCUCCUGACGAAGCAUUGUUCUUCCUGGACAAUCUCUGCCACACUCAGGGCACCUUAACCGCUACUUGACUCGUCCGCGCAAGAUGAGGCAAGCUGGACGGUUUGCCAAGCGGACUCUCGUGUGUUAUACUAAGGGGAAGUGAUUUUGUUAAAGUGAAUAUUUACUUUCUUUUUCUCUCUAUACUACAGCCGUGAAAAAAUGUCGAAAAUGUCAGAUUUCCACUUGAAGUGAAACACCUUUUGAGUUUGUGCAAAUUCUUAUUCAGAUCUUGAUUGUUAUGCAGAACCGGUAGAUUAAUUGUAUACUUUCAUUUAUUGAGUAUGCAAAAUGAUUCAUCAGAGUCAUCAGUGAUGUUCAAGUUAUGUUCAAGAAAAUUAAAAGUAUAUCUACAUAUAUACAUACUUUCUUACAUACAUACUUACAUACACACAAUAAACCCAUACACCGUAAAGGACAAGAUACCCACACCCGAAUCAGGUUUGUCAAGAGAGCUUUGACAAACAACAAGCAGAGUUUCUGGUCAAAGUCUCCAGCAGAAGGAACUAGUCACAGGUCAACGUCGGUUCACAUCGCUAAGAUUCCGCAAUCAUUAAUCAAGAACGAGCUUUAUCCAUCCAUUCACGGCAUACUGUAGUGCAAAUAUUACUGUAAUGAAGGAUAGCUGUUGAUCUUUUUUUUUUUUUUUUUUUUUGAUCUUCCCUUUUUCAUAGAUCUUUUAUUAUCUUUUUUUUUUAUCCUCCCUUUUUCAAUGGAAAGGAAAUUUUUGGUAUAACACUUUCGUGAUAAGAAUGAUAUCAAUGAUGUUUUUUUUCAGGAUGGCUGAAUGUUUAUCUCAAUUAAGUUUAAUCUAUAAAUGUGAUAUACUGAAAAAAAUAAUCAACAUGUAUAGCUUUUAGAUUAGGUAUUGUUUAGUGCUAGUAUUACGUCUGUCUAUUAUAACAUAAGCGAUUCCUUUCUGGUUCAAACUCUUGAGAGAAAAUCUUUAGAAAAUGGCAAGGAAAAAUGUGUACUAUUGAUUAUGCAAACGCGUUAUAUAUAUAUAUUUUGUAUUAAUUAGUGAUAUGAAGGUAUGGAAGAUGCAUAAAAAGAGCAUGGUUGUGUGAAUCAUGAUGAAAAUAUGUUUUUUUUUUUUGGACUUUCAUGGAGGUUUUCUAAAUUCUGUAAAGUUGGCAAAAUCAUUGAAUGUUUACUCUAUUUUUUAUCAAGCUUCAUUUCUGUUAUGGUCCUGUUUCUUCAUGCGAGUGUCGGGUGUAUGUAAAUGUUGUAAAGUUAGCGUAUAGACUGUUUCAAAGGACUUACUCUUUCCUGUUUGUAAUGCUGGAGAACUAUUUUUUGUACUUAUCAAGUUGAUUUUGUUGAUAGAAAUAAAAUUUGUGAAAUA